AUGAGGCUUGUGUCUAGCGCUCUGAUUAUCUUGGUGAUAUCAGCAUGCGUGCGUGCCGAUGACUCGUCGACAGUUGCGGCGAAGAAGGGUGCCGGCUGCAAGACCCCCCUGGACCUGAUUGCGUCGCAGAACCCCAACCUGCCGAUGCACCCCGUGUUCCAGGAAAUCCUCAACUCCCCCGCCCUCAAGGGAACCUUUUUUGUGCCCACGGCCACAGCGUGGGACAACUUCUUUGCCACAGUCCGACAGCGACAGGGUAACCCUGAGGCACCGGCCAUGGUGGCGCGUUACGGCCAGGUGAUGCUAUACCACAUAGCUCAGGACGUCGACGUGCCGAUCGCCACGCCGACGCCAGGCGCCAACAAGUUUGCUUUUGACACAGCGUCCACCUUGCAGUGCAGCGUGGGCCCGGGCCUGCCCAACAACCGCGUGGUGGUGAAGAAGACUCCCCAGGCCAUCCUGCUCCAGCAUGGCACCGGCAACGCAACCAUCGUGAGCCAGCCCAUCAGCUACUGUGGGGGAGAGGCCUUUUUGGUCGACCAGGUGCUGCUGCCCUGCUCUGAUGUCAGCGCCAUUAUGGGAGAGAUUGCCAAUGUGCCUUCUCCUUGCAAGAACAAUGUGGAGGGCGUACUGCAGCGCAACGGCCUCAGCUACUACAAUGCAUUAUUGCUGGCCACAGGCGUCAACAGGCCCAUCUUUGCCAGCGUCAGGAAUUUCACAAUAUUUGCUCCCACUGACGCGGCUAUCCAAGAUGCCUACGAGAGCGGCGCCCUUGACUAUCCAGAGAUGUUUGCCACCAGGAAACCCUUCUUGGCUGGCGUGGUGGCUUACCAUACUGUGGCUCAGGUGGCUCUCACAGCCCCCGGAGCCCCUACCCUGACCAUGAGCACCAUGCUCACAGACCAGGGAAAGGCAUCGUGCGCCAACCCCGCCCUCAGCUGGCGCCCCGACGGCUUUAUCUACGGCGGCGCAGGUGCCGCCAAGGUGUCAGGCACAUAUGAUCGCGGGUGUGCUGCGGUGAUAUUUCAGAUCGACUCUCUGCUUCAGCCCUGCUGCAAGCCCAUGGCUGAGCUGCUGGGCGGGAUGCGUGCUGUCAAGGGCAGCAUGACAUACAGGGCUAUCAGCUUCCUCAAGGCCCAACUUAAGGUGGAGGCAUACGAGAGGGUGGUGGCCACCAGUGGUGUGCACUCCACGUUCGUCCUACCCACGGAGUCGGCCUGGCAGGCGCUGAUGGAUGAGGCCCAGUCCACCGCCAACUCAACACUCACAGACGCGCAGCUGGGCGCCCUCGUGUCUUACCUUUACACAGGCGCUGAGGUGGCUGAUGUCAUCGAUGAUGCCACCCCUGUCAAGACCGCCCUAUCCCUCAGCCCAAAGGACAUCAAGGCAAUUUGCCCCCGCCCCAGCAACGCCUCACUCGUAUUUGCUUACGACCAAGGCACACCUGCCGCAGCCACCGCCGAUACUCCCUCGAUUGCGUCUGCCGUUGAUGUUACGCCCGCCCCUGCAGCUGUGCCUGCUGUGGACCUGGCGCCCGACUCCGCUGGGGCAGCACCCGCCAGUCCUGCUGAUCGUGCUGCUGGCCCUGGAUUGGUGCAGGCUACAACCUCAACGACCCUGACUGCUGGAUCUGGAUACCCUACGACAACAACUGCGCCCACUGUGGGCGUGCCACCAGUCGGUGCAGCGGCCAUCCCUGGCACUGGCACAGCCUCGCUGCUGACUGGCGCGCGCCGCCUGGCCCAGACCAAGCUUCCCACCAGCGCCGACAGCUUGCUGCUGCCCACUACUUUCUCGUCCUCUGCGGCCCGCAAGAAGAAGGGCGCCGCUAUCGUGGCGGGCCCCGUCAUGCUGGUGGAUGGUGCGGCCAUGGACAUGCGCCUGCCCGCAGGCAUCGCGGUCAGUUCUAUCACCUACGGCUGCGAUGGUGCCAUCUAUCACGUCAACGCCGUUCCUUUGCCCUGCAACUUUCUUGGUCGCAAGGCUGCUGUGAAGCCGGCGGUGGCGGCACCCAAGCCCGCCCCGCUGCCCAUGACCAUCAGCGCUGCGCUGGUCAACACCACGAACAUCCCCGGCGCCGUCCCAAACACCACCAAACCCACAGCCUCAACCGCAAGCAGUGCUACUCCCGCUUUGGCCAGCGGUGCAGUCGCAGUGCUGCUGGCUGCUAUGCUGCUCUGA